AGCCGGUUGUUAUGGAAUGUAUCAGUAACCCUUAAUAAUGGCGAAAAACGGCUCUAUAAAUCAUCUUAGAGAUAACCACACCAAAGAGAAGAAAAUAUCUAAAGCGCCGAUUCUAUUUAAACUAGAAUCUUGUCCUCCAUGGCUGCAAUUUAACAAAUAUAUUCGGGGAAGUUAUCGAUGUAACUUAUCAACGCGCCAAUGCGUAGACAGCUUGUUUUACGUCCACAACGAAACGUUCAACAUUUAUUCGCACGGUAUUCCCUGUGCAUUUUUUGUGGUGCUAAUCCCCAUGACAGCAAGUGCAGCAAGUCUGGCCAACCCACUAUGGUUUUUUCUUCACUAUUUCUCCUGCUUUGCUCCAUUCUUGGCUAGCCCUAUUUAUCAUUUAUUUAUGUGUCAUCAAAAUGGACAGGAUUCAUACAAGCAUCUACUCACUUUGGACGUCUGUGGUAUCUGGGCAAUCAAUGCCUUUGGUGCUUUGUGUGGUAUCCGUGCAACAUUUUACUGCCUUCCAUUUUGGCAGUUUUUGUCUCUUACAGUUUAUUUGGUGAUUUCCUUGAGGUGUCUAUACUUUAUUGUGAUAGCUGACAAUGCUAAAGAACGGUUCAAACCUUUUGCAGUAUUUGGUGUGAUGAGGUAUUUCUUUGUCGCAGUUCGUCUAUCAUUUUAUUAUUUUAAUGUUACCAAAAGCAGCGUCAGUGCUAUGCUGUAUUAUUUAUCAAUGGAUUUAUUAGCUUUUAUCGGUGGAGCACUCAAUGUUGCCAGAAUACCCGAGAGAUGGUUUCCAGGAAAAUGUGAUAUCAUUGGAAACAGUCAUCAAAUUAUGCAUGUGGUUACAUUACUAAGUGUUAUUUGUUUACACAUUGGAUCAGUAAGAGACUUUCACUGGAUGAGUGAAACUCUUUGCAUAUGAAGCAAGUUCUGGCUUGCGUGAUGUUCUACUGGAAUAAGAGUAACUUGAAUGUGAGAGAGCAGAGAGACAACUCCUUCUGUUGCAUGGACUUACUACUCUUGCACAGCAGUCUAAUUUUCUUGCACCUGUCUUGCAGAAAAUUACCUAAAUUAUAUAGUUUUUGGCUUGAAUUCCAGCCAUCUUGAACUACAAAUAUUUUUUUUCUUGUGUAACACACAAAUCCGCUAAUCUAUCAAGUAAAACUGUGUAACAAUUAAUAGCAAUAUUAACAGUGUUGAAAAGAAUUAAAGUAUUUUGUCUCUCUUCAGAUUGAAAAAAAUAAUAAUAUUGAAACAUUAAGAUUUUUAAAUUGAGCAAGCAAUUUAACUAUUUUUUAAAUGUGUCAAAAUAUUUUGCAAAUAAAUUUAAAAUUUAAUAAUUGUUUAAUUAUAUGUUAUUUGAACUUUAAUUUUUGUAAAUAGAGAAGGUGAAACAUAGUCUAUAACUAGUCCAGACUUUCAGACUGAUUAAAUUUUAUCUGUUUUAUCUUUAUUGAGAUCUUUACCCCUACUAAGGAGUUUUAGACAGCUGUUAGAUUUUGAAGAUAAAGGACUUUUACCAAAAGAUGAAACACAUUGCUGCUUGCUAAUAGUAAAGGUCAUUUCAACUUUCAUUCUUAAUUUGGGCUUUUGGGCUUAAUGUGAUUUUCUUAUACAGGGAAAGGAAUGUUGUUUCUUUUUUAAGGAAUUAGAUGACAUGCUAAUGAACAGCUGCAAAUGAGACUGGGUUGCAGAGGGCAGAUUGAAUUUUAAGAAUUUGUAUUAUACUGUUUAGUGUGAGGGAACAAUUCCUGAGCUGGAUGUGGCUAACCAUUUAAUUCUCAGGAUGUGAUAAGUGAUUUUCCUUUGUUGCUGUCAUAAAUUUUCUUAUAAACUAGUGAAAUAAAUUUGUUUUAUCGGGGAGAUGCCUUAAGCUAAUAAGUUCUCACCACGUGCACAUUACUCCAGCAGUGAAUUACCUGUUAAAUGUCAAUCACUUGGAGGUUACAGAGUUGAGACAGAGAGGAAAGGACUUCAAUUAAAACGUAAUCAAUUUUGUGUCUCA